GCCACCGUACGCGACCGGAGGUGCUAAACGAUUUCUUUUCUCGACGCGAUUCCGGCCUUUUUAUUCGAUAAUAUUUUUUAACCGAAAAAACCAAAAUCGUGCGUGCGUUUUUGUGGGUUUUUUUUUUUUAUGUUUUCAUUUUGAAUCUGAUGACACACCGAGAAUAAUAUAAGAAGAAGAAAAAAGAACUUGAUGUGAUUAUUUUAAUUUGACGAAAAAAAUUAAUAAAUAAAUAAAUAACAACAACAAUUUAACCCGAAGAGAUUUUUUUUUGAUUCUUAUCAAAAAAAAAAAAAGAAAAUAAUGGAAAGUUAAGCGACGGGGUCUGAAAAAACAAAAAUGAAUUGAAACAAAUAAACUGAAAAUGAAGUGAUUUGACUUAAAAUUUGUGAUUUUUUAUUUUGUGUGAUCAGAAAAUUAUUUGAGGAUAAUUUUUGUGGGGGAAAAGAAUAAGAUUAUUGAAAACGAAAAAAGUGUAAUAAAGAAGAAGUAAUUAUUAACUUUAAGAAGUUAAGUUUGACCCUUUUUUAAAAAAACUUGGAAUCAUAUGCUGUGGCCGUUGUCACAACUGAUCGCCGCCAAAUGCGUUUCGAGACGGGCGCCGCCCCCGACAAAUUGAGAAGAGGAGACGGCGGCGACGACGACAGCGACGUCGUCGACGGCAUCAGCGAUCCAGCAACGGCCACGACGGCCACGUCAUCGAUGGCCUACCACCCAUUCCUGCAGUUACCCAGGCAGACAGAUUUUAGUGUCAGCAGUUUGCUGACGGCGGCCUCGGGGGCGCAGCAGGCGCCGGCGCCAGCAGCGGCCCCCGCAACUCCAGCUGCAUAUUUUCCCGCUGCAGCUUUAGCCGCUUUCGGACAAGGUCACGGUUGUUACCCGGGAACUUUAAUUCCAAAAAUCGGCGGACCACACAACCCACAUGCAGCGGCUCUAGGUGCUCAUCCUUACACCACCGCCGAAGACGUCGUUUUAGCGGCGGCGGUCGCCGCCCAUAAUCAUCAUCCGGCUAUGGUGAGACCGUUAAGAGCAGUUCAACCCGAGGAAGAUGGUGUUGUGGACGAUCCGAAGGUGACGUUGGAAGGGAAGGAUUUAUGGGAGAAGUUUCAUAAACUGGGGACGGAGAUGGUUAUCACAAAAAGCGGAAGGCGCAUGUUUCCUGCAUACAAAGUCCGUGUACUUGGAUUAGACAAAAAAUCAAAAUACAUCUUGCUCAUGGACAUUGUUGCGGCUGACGAUUGUCGAUACAAGUUUCACAACAGUCGAUGGAUGGUAGCGGGAAAAGCAGACCCGGAAAUGCCAAAGCGGAUGUACAUCCACCCAGAUUCACCCUCAACGGGCGAACAAUGGAUGCAAAAAGUCGUUUCAUUCCACAAAUUGAAGCUAACCAAUAACAUUUCGGAUAAACACGGAUUUAUGCAAACGAUAUUAAACUCAAUGCACAAAUACCAACCUCGGUUCCACCUCGUCAGAGCAAACGACAUCCUAAAACUACCAUACUCAACGUUUCGGACGUACGUCUUCAAGGAAACCGAAUUUAUCGCAGUAACAGCGUACCAAAACGAAAAAAUCACUCAGUUGAAAAUCGACAACAACCCGUUCGCCAAGGGAUUUCGGGAUACCGGAGCUGGUAAACGGGAAAAAAAUUUUUCGCAUAGUAGUAGUACGGUCACCUCAAGAGUCCCCUACAACCAUGCCUUAAGACAAUCGAUGCUUGCCAGUACAACUCGCCAUGGGGAAUUGGAAAAACCCCCGUCAUCGCAUCCCCUCCCCGCGAGGAUGUCAGCAGAUAGCAGCACCACAGUGAGCAAAAACGAUGAUUCAGAAUUAGACGUGGUGGGGACCGCGGAUAGCCCGCGCCCCGGUGGGCUAAACCACCCCAUCUCCUCAUCAAUCGGGGUUCAUUCGCAAGACGAUGAGGUGCGAAAACGUCUCCACGACGAUUCCGGAAGCGAUAGCAGCUGUGAAUCCCCGAAUUCGACCGCGUUUAAACCCCGCUCGAGUAGCCCCAAAGAAAGCUCCGCGGGGCCGUCAACGACGCAAAGUGGGGAGUAUCCAUCGCCGAAUAUAAGUGUUGGCCCCCCGAUUCAUCCCCCGCCCCACUUAUUACCGUAUUUGUACCCUCCCGGGAUGUAUCAACAUGGAGCGCCCCCUUUCGGCCCUCCUUUAAGCCUUUUCACCGGAUCCCCAAAUCCGGUUAAUCCCAGUUUGUUAUUUAACGCCCAAUUAGCGUUGGCCGCGCAACAUCCGGCUUUAUUCUCCCAUUACUCAAACUUAGCGCACCCGAAUCCGCAUCAUUUGUCGCCGACAUCGCCAUCUAUGCACUCGACGAAUCAUCAUCACCUAAAAAGUAGUCACCACCGGUUUACGCCGUACACUUUGCCGAAUACGAGUAAUAGCAACUCAGCUUUUGAAACGGUUACGCCAUCCUCACAUAACUUGAAUAGGAGCUUGUCGAAUUCGCCGAUUUCCGGGUCGAGAUUGGGGAGGAGCGAUUCGUUGUCGCCUCAACCUCAAAGAACAACGCGCGAGGGAAGCGAAUCCCCGAAGAAUAACGAAGUGUCGAUGUCGCCGAGCGAUUUGAAGAGCAUAGAGAAAAUGGUGAACGGUUUGGAUGUGAAACAGACGCAGAUUAAUGUUGGUGGUGGUGGAAACUCAGUGACUGAGGAAGUUUGUGACGCUAAAUAGUGCAAAAAUGAUUAAGAUUGACUAAAAAUUAAAGUUAAGAGAAGUAAUGAAAAGAUUAAAAAAUUGAGAUUGGAGGGGAAUUGAAAAAAAAAUCGAUUAAAAGUGCAAUAUAAUACAAAAACUUGCCUGAAGAUGAGAAAAAAUUCGAAAUCAGUAAAAUUGAAAUCACAAAAAAAAAUUUUAAAUGUGCAAUAUAAAUUCCGAAAGUUCAUAAAUACCGAAAUUCCCCCCAAAAUCAAAAAUAUGUAUUUAAUCGCGUAAAAAAGUGCUUUUUCUAGAAGUACAAAUCGUGAGAGCGAAUUUUUCGUUUUUAUUUUGUUGGUGCUACAUCCCAGCGCUUGUAUUCCUCCUUUUUGUUUCUUAAGGAAAGCAGCAAAAAAGUAGAAACUUAACUCAUAAUUAAUAAAAAAAAAUGAUUUCCGAGAGACUGUACGAUUUCUUUUUGCGCGUCCUGUACACGGUUAUGUAAAGAUGUAAGGGAUGUACAGCGCGCCGCAAAAGUUCCUGUUCGUUUAAUUCGUAACGAUUUAAUUUAAUAAAAGUAAAAUAAAGUCGCAUGUAAAUAUUUAGGAUUAAAAAUGAAUUAAUCGAUAAAAAAAGAUCGUUGGAAGGCGACGAAAAAGAUUAAAAAUUAUAAAUAAAAUAACUUUAUAUAAAGUAUAAAUAUUAUAAAUAACGUUUUGUAAAUAAACAAAAAAAAAUGGAAAUGAAAUGAUGAAAACGUUUCGUUUUAGUUCUCGUAGACGUUGUAGGUGUGCGCCGUUUGUAAAAAGUAAAAAAAAUUAAAGUAAAAAUAAAAAUAAAACACCCUGUAUAUUUCCGCGAGAGAUAAACUGUACAAUAGGAAUUUAUUUAUGUAAUAAUAAAACGAAUAAGAAAAUCAAUAAAUUGAGAAAAGAAAGUUUUUUGAGAUGAUCCAAGC